CUCUUGCAAUCGGCGGAUGGGAGGAGAAUGGAAACUUCAACAGGCGGUUUGAGAUGUGAAGCACAGGAAGGAGGGUCAUGGAGAAUCCCUGGAGGAGGACGCGGGCGGUGAGAUGCGAACUGCUAAGAAGCUCGUUGCUGUUUUGUGCUUUGUCUGGUGUCGGCGAGGCCAAGUGUCACGGCUGCCUGGAGUACUGCUGUGAAGGCUCGCCACCAUUCUGCUGCUCCUACUACGCCUAUGUUGGGGACGUCCUUUCGGGCACUGCCAUCUCUGGGAUCGUGUUCGGCGUGGUGUUUCUGAUGGGCGCGAUGGCGGCCUUGUUCCUGUGCGUGUGUAUGUGUGUGAAAAAUGGGCACGGCGCCAGGGUGGGCGCGUUCAACACCUCGUACGUCAACACUGUGACCCAUGGCUACCCAGGCCCUCCACCUCCAUACACCUACGACUGUGAGACGUACCCUCCACCUCUCCACCCUCCUCCUUACACACCAACUCAGCCUGAGCCGGCCAACUAUUCCCCACCACCUCCUUACCCGAGGUGCACGAGCAAAUAACGUAGAACGGAUCAUCGACUGGCCAGCUGAAAUGAAGCUCUCCCGGGCUGAUUUUGCAGGCAGGAAAGGAACCUCAGGGAGCAGGGCCGGGUGCAAUAAUGAUUCAGCAGGCGGGUCAUCUGAGCAUAAUCAAGGAGAGUUGAGUCGCUUUACAGACAGUGUUGGGAAAAUGAAUAAUAAUUGAACACAAUGUAGGACAGGACAUUGAGGUACUGCUAGCCUGCAGCCACAAAACCAAAAUGCGUUAUCAGUCUCUGGCUGUGCACUUCAAAGGUAGAGAGCUGCCUUUUUGAAGGUGCUGACUACUUUUUAAGCAUACGAGGCAACAUUAUUACACCAUGCAGAAAGACAUGGUUUUAACUUGCUCUGUUUUUAUUUUAUUCCUUCAUUCUGGUGUGGAAGUGGGAUGUUUAAUGUAUUUGCAGGGUGUAGGGCGGGAUAUAAUUUUACUUGAAACAAUUUGAAGGUGAACCGCAGUCCCUGGUGAGCCACUCUUAACACAUGUCAAUAGUGCAACUUUUGUUAUGUGGUUGAUGCGAAUGGUGGAUGAGACUUGACUGUUUUUAAUGAAUAAAUGACAUGUCUCCUUGCUGUU